CACGCGCACUCUAUGGGAGUCAAUAGUUGAAUUUAUUUGCCAUAAUGAAACUUAUUUGGGUUCUAGCACUUUUUGCUUUGGCAGCUGCCACAACUGCAUUCCCUGAGAAUGAUGACACUCACAUUCAUGGUGAGAAUGGUUGGUGGGUACCUCAAAAAGAUGGUUCCUACGUAUGGAUGGGCGAAGAUGAAGCUGAAGAUAUGCUAACUCGUAUGGAAGCUGAAGAAGAAUUCAAAGAACGCUUAUCAAUCUCCACCUCACCAGUUACUUUCUAUUUAUACACUGCAAAGAAUCCCAAGAAGGGCACCAAAAUCACCACUACCACAAAAUCCGUGAACAAAUCUAAUUUCAAUGCUGCAAACCCAACCAGAUUCGUUAUUCACGGCUGGACUCAAAGCUACUUGUCAUCCAUCAACAGCGAUAUCCGUCAAGCUUGGUUGAGCCGUGGUGAUUACAAUGUCAUCUUUGUUGAUUGGGCACGUGCUCGUUCAGUUGAUUAUGCCUCAUCCGUUUCUGCUGUCAGUGGUGUAGGCAAGAAAGUUGCUGCUAUGGUUGAUUUCUUGGUUCAAAACUAUGGUAUGUCACUCGAGACUCUUGAUGUCAUUGGUCACAGUUUGGGUGCCCACGUUGCUGGUUUCACUGGCAAGAAUGUUAAAUCCGGUCAAGUCCACACAAUUGUUGGUUUGGAUCCUGCUUUACCUUUGUUCAGCUACAAAAAACCAAACAAACGUCUUAAUUCAGAAGAUGGUUUCUAUGUUGAAUCUAUCCAAACUAAUGGUGGUCAACUCGGUUUCUUGAAACCAAUCGGCAAAGGUGCUUUCUAUCCAAAUGGUGGUGAAACUCAACCUGGUUGCGUCUUAGAUGUUACUGGUGCUUGCUCUCAUGGUCGCUCUGUCACAUACUACGCCGAAGCUAUUCAAAUUGAUGAUUUCGUAACAAUGAAGUGCUACGAUUAUGAGGAUGCUGUCGCUAAGAACUGUGGUUCAUCAUACAGUUCCGUUCGUAUGGGUGCCAUGACCAAUGCCUACAUGGUUGAAGGUGAUUUCUAUGUACCAGUUAACAGCAAAUCUCCAUAUGGUUAUGGUAACUAAGUUCCGUUUAAAAAAAUAAAAUCAUUAUUUAUAUAACAUA